UAUAAAACGGAUCUCAAAAUUUGUAAGCGUUAUAUACUAGUGACUGUAUUCUGAAUUUUAUAAUUUUGAUACGUGAAGUUUGUAAAAAACUAUAUAGAAAGUUAAUAAUUACGAGAUGAGUCGCAAAGAAGCAUUGUCUCAGUUUAUUCAACAAAUCCAUGGACGUCCUGUUGUGGUAAAGCUAAACAGUGGUGUAGAUUAUAGAGGUGUUUUAGCUUGCCUUGAUGGUUACAUGAAUAUAGCACUUGAACAAACAGAAGAGUAUGUAAAUGGUCAAUUAAAAGACAAAUACGGAGAUGCUUUUAUUCGUGGUAACAAUGUAUUAUAUAUUAGUACACAAAAACGUAGAACUUAAGUAAAAAUAAAUGUAUAAUUUGUAUUAUAUUUUUAUUAAUUGAACCUACACAAAUUUUC